AAAACAUGGCGACAUUUCCGUUACAGACGUCGCUUUAAAAAAUUUGUUUACUUUCUUUUUUGCUGCAAAAAUACCACAUGAUUUAAUAAUUUCUCUUCAUAUGUUGAUAAAUGACAGUUAGCUUUAGUAUCAGGUAUUACAUUUAAAGUAGACACGGAAGUAUCGACGCCUCCAGCGGGGUUAGACAUGAAGGAGGCUUUGGCCGAGGUUCAGAGGAUCAGCGCACAUCCGGACUCCCGCUGCUGGUUCGUUUCUUGGAGCCCGAAUGGCGCUUUGCUGGCUUCAUGCGGGGGUGACAAGGCCAUCCGCAUAUGGGGGCGAGAGGGUGACUUGUGGGUCUGUAAGACAGUGCUGCAGGAUGGUCACCAGCGCACUGUGAGGAAGGUGGCCUGGUCUCCGUGUGGCAACUAUCUGGCUUCUGCCAGUUUUGAUGCAACCACUUGCAUCUGGAAGAAAAAGAAUGAUGACUUUGAGAGUUUGACUGUGUUGGAAGGACAUGAAAACGAGGUCAAAUGCGUGGCGUGGGCCCCUUCAGGGAACCUUCUGGCCACAUGUAGCCGUGACAAGAGUGUCUGGGUUUGGGAAGUGGAUGAAGAUGAAGAAUAUGAGUGUGUUACUGUGUUGAACUCUCACACACAAGAUGUCAAACAUGUUGCAUGGCACCCCACAAAGGAGCUUCUGGCUUCAGCCAGCUAUGACAACAACAUUUGCAUUUACAAAGAAGACGACGACGACUGGGAGUGCCAGGCUACUUUGCAGGGACACACAUCCACAGUGUGGAGCUUGUGUUUUGACGCUGCUGGAGAGAGGAUGGCUUCCUGCAGCGAUGACCGUACCGUGAAGAUUUGGAAAGAGUAUCCCAGCGAUAGUGGGCAAGGCGACCUCUCUUGGAAGUGCGUUUGCACGCUGUCUGGAUAUCAUGGACGAACGGUUUAUGAUGUUGCCUGGUGUCAACUGACUGGUGCUCUGGCGACUGCCAGUGGGGACGACGCAGUGAGGGUUUUCAAGGAGGAUGUGACGGCCAGUCCAGAUGAGCCUGUGUUUUCAUUGGUUGCCCAGGUAACCAGAGCUCACAACCAGGAUGUAAACUGCGUUUCCUGGAACCCAAAGGAGGCGGGCCUUCUGGCCUCCUGCAGCGAUAAUGGAGAAAUUGCAAUUUGGAGAUUUAAAGAGGAAGACUGAUUCCCUGGCUUCGUUACUGGAAGUUUCACAGAUAACUUUCCUUUUUGCUCUUCUGCUUCAUGUAAAUGUUUCAUCUGCAGCAGUGCUUCAUGUGCUUUUGAUUCCACAUCUUGGAAAUGAGAUUGAAAAUUUCUUAAGAGUUUAUAUAAAUGGCGAAAUA